UGCUGCAAGGGUUGGCUUUCUCACGUACACGACGUGACGUGCAUGGCAGCCUACUGGCACUGGCAAAGCUGCAUUCCUCUAUUUUGAUAACAAAUGAUUUGUCCAAUGGUUGCUUUAGUUUAUUAUGAUUCCCAUGCAUAUACAGGCUGUUAAAUGAGCAAAGUAUUACAGAUGCGUUUCCCCAAUCCCUUUGCGCUAUGAUCUGUCUUGGUUCAUUCCUCACUGGGAGGGACCUGAAGUCCAUCACCACCAGUCGUCGUUCAUGAAACAUGUUGUUGUGAACAGCUUCGGCUCGGGUUGAUCCAUCAUAUCGUUCUCAGUCAGUCAAGUCGACCGUCUCCUUGGGUUUCCCUUUAAUCGUGGAUGUGCGCUUCCAUUUGUUAACAGACCAGCGAGUGACUGGAGCGAUGGCGAGCGCUGAUGGGAACGAGAUCGAGCCCCUGGCGGUCUGCUCCGUGGCCCCCACGCUGGACAUGAGGCGCUUCUCCAAGGACCAACACAACCUGAGUCCAGAGGAGGUGGACGGCCUCAUGAAUAACGGUGAGGGCCGGCCUUUCCUCGUGGUGCACGCCCUGUUGGAUGUGAAGAAGAUCGGGGUGCCUAUACUCAUGACGGGAGCCCCCAUAACCUGCAGAGUGGAGAGCACAGAGAGACAUACGACACGAUCCAAGGUGAGUGUGUGCACCCUGUACACGGUGCGGCUGACCCAUGGGCCCUUUACCUGGACGGUCAAGAGGAAGUACCGGCGCUUCCAGGAGCUCCAUCGAGACCUCUACAAGCACAAGAUGCUGAUGCACUUCAUGCCCAUGGGCAGAUUUGCAAAGGCGAGGCAACAGCUGCGGACGAUGUCGGCGGAGAUGCCCAACCUCAACAGCUCCGACAGGGGUCGGAGAACCUCCAGCAAGCCGAAAUAUCUGGAGGAAUACUUGAACGGACUCCUGGAAAAUGAGUUCUGCAAGAAUGAUCACGGCAUGCUGGAAUUCCUCGAUGUCAGUGCUCUUUCUUUCAUCAAUGACCUUGGGGCCAAAGGCCUGGAGGGGCCCAUCUUCAAGAGGUCCGGCGGUCAUCGCAUCCAGGGCCUGAACUGCAUCGGGCACCACCAGUUCUGCUACCGCUGGUCCCGGCGGUGGCUGGUGGUCAAGGACUCUUUCCUGCUGUACAUGAACCGUGACCACGGGGUCAUCUCCUUCGUCCUGCUCUUUGACCCCGAGCUCAAGGUCAAAGUGGGCAACUCUUACACCGACACAAAGCACGGCGUGUGCAUCGAAAACUUUACACGAGACCUGAUCAUCAAGUGCAGUAAUUACCGACAGGCCCACUGGUGGAGCCAUGAAAUUGACAAUAUCACGGUGGCCUGUGACUUCGUCAGAUGGCAGCGCUACGAAGGCUUUGCCAUGCCGCGGGAGAACACCCUCACUAAAUGGUACGUGAACGGCAGCGGUUACUUCUCAGACCUGGCCGAUGCCCUCGAACAAGCCAAAGAAGAGAUCUUCAUCACUGACUGGUGGCUAAGCCCAGAAGUGUUUCUGAAGAGGCCUGCCACAGACAGUUACUGGCGUCUAGAUGAGAUUCUCAAACGCAAAGCAGAGCAAGGCGUCAAGGUGUGUGUACUCCUUUAUAAAGAGGUGGAGUUGGCGCUGGGCAUCAACAGUGGGCACAGCAAGAGGACUCUGAUGGAUAUGCACCCCAACAUCAAGGUGAUGCGCCACCCGGAUGUGUCUUCGGUGGUCAUCCUGUGGGCCCACCACGAGAAGAUGGUGGCCAUCGACCAGUCUGUGGCCUUCGUGGGGGGUCUGGACCUAGCGUUCGGUCGUUGGGACGACAGCCAGUACCGCCUGACAGACCUGGGCUCCACGGAUCAGAGCAACCAUGUGACCCAGGGGAAUGAUGUCCCCGAUGGCCCGGCCAAAGCCACGGCGUCCGAGCCCCCGGAAGACCUUGAUCCAAAGGACUUGGCUGAGAACACUAAGCUCUGGCUCGGCAAAGACUACAGCAACUUCAUCCGCAAGGACUGGGUUCAGCUGGACCGUCCCUUUGAAGAUAACAUCGAUCGGACUCAAGUGCCCCGCAUGCCGUGGCGAGACUUUUCCGCAGCCAUCCACGGCAAAGCAGCCAGGGACGUGGCCCGCCACUUCAUCCAGAGGUGGAACUUCACCAAGACCUUCAAGAACAAGUACAAAGACGACUUCUACCCUUGCCUUCUGCCCAAGUCCCACAGUACUGCAGAAAAGUUGCCCUUCACUGUGCCGGGCUCCGGCAGGGCGACAGUACAGGUGUUGCGUUCUGUGGACCGCUGGUCCGCAGGAACCUGUGAGCAGUCCAUCCUGAACGCCUACGUGGACGUCAUCGAGAAGAGCGAGCACUACGUUUACAUCGAGAACCAGUUCUUCAUCAGCUGUGCGGACGACAAGAGCGUCUACAAUGGGAUCGGGGACGCCAUCGUGAACAGAAUCCUCAGGGCUCACAGUGAGCAGAAGACCUACCGAGUGUUUGUGGUGGUGCCACUGCUGCCCGGGUUCGAGGGAGACAUCAACGAGGGCGGAGGAAACGCCAUCCAGGCCAUCCUGCACUUCACCUUCAGGACCAUGUGCAGGGGAGAACACUCCAUCCUGACCCGACUGAGAGAAGUGGAGGACAAGUGGACGGAGUACAUCACCCUAUGUGGCCUCAGGACGCACGGCAGGCUGGCCGACGCCCCCGUAACAGAGCUCAUUUACGUCCACAGCAAGACCCUCAUCGCAGACGACCGCCGUUACAUCAUCGGCUCUGCCAACAUCAACGACCGCAGCAUGCUGGGCCAACGGGACAGUGAACUGGCGGUGCUGGUGGAGGACGAGGACAGGGUUCCCUCCCUCAUGGACGGGAAGGAGUACCAGGCCGGGCCUCUCGCCCUGGCCCUGCGCAAGGAGUGCUUCAGGGUUCUAGUGGGAGCAGCUUCAGAGCCCAGCAUCAACAUCGACGAUCCCAUCUGCGACGAAUUCUUCUUUUUGGGCUGGAAUGCGGCGGCUAAAUUGAACGCCACCAUUUAUGAGAAGGUGUUCUGCUGCCUGCCCUCCAACUCGGUGCACAACAUGCGGGAGCUGAGGGAGAACGCCGGCAAGGAGCGCCUGUGCGACUCGGACCCCCAGCAGGCGUGCGAGGAGCUGGGGGCCGUGCGGGGCCUCCUGGUCCAUUUCCCCCUGCAGUUCCUGUGUGAGGAGAACCUGCUGCCCCCGCUCAACAGCAGAGAGGGCAUUGUGCCGGUGGGGCUGUGGACAUGAGGGCCAGCAUGAAGACUGCCCCAGCGCCUCCACCCUGCAGAAGAACCAACCGUUAUAUGAAGCGUCCAUAACAGGAAAUUAGCUCUUCUCACCCUCCACCACUUGAUGACAAUAUUGCUCGUUUUCAAAAUCGUUUUUAAUCCCCCCCCCCCCCCCACUCCCAGUAAUCUGCGGCUUGGAAACCGUAUGACUAACAAUGACCUCAUGUUUUGUCUUUGCGGCCUGUGCUAAUCUCUGUACAUUGGCAUGCGCUGUGUGACAAUAGGGCUUUUGUUGAGGGCGAGGAGUUGGCUUUGGGUUUUCCUUGGAAUGCAUUCAAAUACAAUAACCUCCAGUCCAAAUUAAGUCAUUCAUCUGAGGAAUUUUUUGAUACUAUGUGAUAUAUAUUUUUAUAUAUGGUCUGAAAUGAUCAGUUUUGCGUGGCUUUUUUUUGGUUAAGAAGCCUUAUUAAAAGUUAGGUAAGCGUGAACUGGAAGAAUUUAAAGGCCAAGUCUCUAAUAAUACUCACAAAACAAAUAUUUUAUAUAGUUAUUUUCUAUGUUUUGAAAAAAAGUUAAUACCAAUGAAAACCUAAACUAAAUACUUUUUUCUUAUUUUUUCCUGAAAUCAAUUCAUUUAAUAAACCGUGUAUGCACGGUUUAUUUCAUGAAUAUUUUUUGUAAGAGGUUGAUUAUUCUUUGGCUAGAGGUCAUCUGAACCACCGUGAUGAUAAUGAUGUCAAUGAACAUUUGAGCCUUAAUUUCCAUGUUGUAACAAGAUUCACAUCUCAGUGGAUUUGGGUACAUGGUGUACAUUUAUUCUAGCAAGCAUCUCGGGAGGGUGGGAGGAAAUAUUCUCUCUCUCUCUCUCAUGCAAGCUUCACCUCUCACUGCAGUGCCAGCAAAUCUGUCAGAACAUUUGUGGUUGUUAUGGCGACUGACACAAAGAGGGAAGAGCUGAGUGGAUGGUAGCUAAAAUAAAGAUUGGACACCGGCGUAAGAGACAUGAAUGAUUGACGGGGGAUGGGGGGGUCCCGUUUAACCAUGUUCAACAGGACUUGCUGGCUAGCUCAAAACCUAUCGCAUAAAAGACUGAAAUAGAAUUUGUCAGAACCAACACCCCAACGAUUUUCCGUAUCCAACUGAAAGGGCAAAUACUGGUGGAAGGAAUAUUAAGGAUAUUUGAAUGCAGCUUGCAUUGAUAAUAUACAUUUUAAGAUGUCACCAUGACAACCAGGUGAAUAAUACUGCAGCCCAGUUUGAUUUCUUUGGCUGUAGAACAUUUCGGUCACUCCCAAUUGUUCAGUUGGAUAAAGAUAUCUGCUUCUGAAAUCCUGUAAUGCAGUUCCCAUGGGCCAUCUACCUUGAAUGUCUGCAUAUAUGUUUAUGUGUGCAUAGACAUGUUUAUACUCAAAGGAGAAACUUUAAAGAUUAGUUUGUAAGGAUCAGUACCACUAUAAUUAAGGACCCAGUUGUUGCACAUCAGUUAGACACUCCCGAAAACACUAGAUUACAGAUAAAGUGUAUAUAUUUUUCUACUGCAUUGUUAAACUCAUAUGAUAUCGAUUUGGGCCAUUCUGAUUUCUUGCCUUUCUUUAUUUUCCUAUUAUUCUUAUGACUUAUUUGUCACCGUAGCGGGUAACUAUUGUAAUGUCAUUCCACAGAAAAAAGUGGUAUCACUGAUAACUACUUACAAAGGCAGCACUUUUGUUAGAAAUCGUUUUUUCUUUUAUAUGGUAUUACUGUGAUGACUUAUAGUAAUGAGCAGAAACAUAGAAAUCGUCUGCAUUUUUUUUUCAUCCAAGGGGGACAAACGUUUCCAUGUUUUCGAGCAUUGACCUUUGAAUCAAGUCAUGUUUGUUGGUAUAGAACUUUAUUGAUAAUUGUAUACUCCACCUAACAUUCAGCUUGCCUACAUAAUGCUUUUGUAAUCUUUUGGCCAUCAUGGGCCUUAAUUAUUAAGCAUUUUAACAUUGUAAUACAACAUUCCUAACUUUGUUUUAAUCCUGCCAACUUCUAUCAGUAAAUGCGUAAAGUCCCAUAAUUCCGUCAGACCAGCAGGGGGGAGUUAUACAGCACCAUAAAAAUGUUUUUUUCUAUCACAUAAUUAUCCUGAGAAUUUCAGCUGUUUUGUUAAAUUAAAAAUAUACAUAUAUACAAUAUCAUGCUAUAAUCGGUAUAUCUCUAGAUUUUAAGAUUUCAAACAGGGAAUGGAUUGUGCUUUUAUAUUAAAUACAUUUAUAUGACUGUUUAACACACUGUACUUUAUAUUUACUGAUCUAAUAUUUCAUAUUGCCACAAUCAUAUUGUUUCUAUUAUUUAUUAAUACAAAACUAAUAAAAAACCUUUCUAACCUAUUGAUA